UCGAGGUGUAUAUUGACCGGUAUGAGGUUCAGCUUGGUGUUUAUGGAUCCCCAUCAGCAACAACAAACUUCUUCUUCCACCACCUCUUCAUCCUCCCAAAAUUCAACAAAUUUAAUAAAUUCCUUAGCUAGAGGAACUUUUGAUGAAAAUGCUUCAUUAUAUCGACAUGUUUGGCGUUUAUGGGUUAGAAAUAUUUGUGAACAAUUUUCUGAAUUAAUUAGCAAAAAAUUGUCUUUAAAAUAUUCAAAUGAAAAAUGGUAUGAUUGGGAAGGGCCUCCAAAGCCUUCAGAAAUUACACCUUCUUUUGAACCUUUUUUACGCAAAGUUAAAGAAUUGUUGGAAUGGUUAAGUUCAAAUAUUUCGUCAGAUUCUGUUUUGACUUUUCAACAUUUAACAAAUCAUGAAAUUUGGACAGCUUUGGAUUUGUGUGUUAUUUCACAGACUGCUUUUAAUUAUCGCGGAGCAGCCCAAAUAUUGUAUGAUACAACAAAUGCUUUAAUUCCCCUAUUAAAUCAAUGUUAUGGAAAAAUGCGUGGAGCUGGAGUUUUUGAUGUUUUUAAUGAAAAAUGUAUUUCUGUUCUUUCUACACUUCGUCUACUUUCCUUACCUCCCCCAACAGCUAUAUUACUUAAAGAUGAAAUUAAAAAUAUUCCGGAACAACAAUUAGAUUCAAAAUUGGAACAAUUUGAUAUUAUUGGAAUUAAUAAGGCUAAAGUAAUUCAAAUUUUUGAACAAAGAUGUGAUUUGGUAGCUAUUGAAAAAUUAAUUAGUUGA